CGAGCAAAAAGCAAUCAACUGAUCGAGUUGACUUUCCUGUCAACUGUCGAGCAUAGGCAUCCUCUUCGCUCGCUCCAUGUGAUUUCUUCUUCCCUGCUGGCCUUUCCCUUUGUUCCAGCUGUUCUACCAGUUGGGAGGUCCUCACCACCACUCAUAUGCAAAUGAACUUCUUGCUCGGGACGGUUAAGGGGAGAAGGUCCAAGAGACGGAGGUGCCCAGCGGCCAACCUCACCGAUGACCUCGUCGUUGAGAUCCUCUCUCGCCUCCCUGCCAGAUCGGUCUGCCGCUUCAAGUGCGUGUCCACAACAUGGCGGGACCUCAUCUCGCACCCGGUGAACCGUACGAAGCUUCCCCAGACCCUGGCUGGCUUCUUCACGAAGCACGAUGGUGAAACUGUGCCGUGCUGCAAUGGCCUUCUUCUCUUGGACAGCGGCGGUGGUGAUGCCAGCGAGAGCGCCGAGUCCCGAGGCUCGAGGCCCGUCUGGAGCUUGGUGCUCCGGCAAGUUCGGCUGGGAACGAUGGAGAGUCGAAACUCCGCGGCGAGAUGAUGCGGCGUACUUGGAAGCCAGCGUCGGCGGCGCCGGAGGACUAGUCUGUCGCGCGCGCAAGGAAGGUACAGGCAUCCCUCAAAUAAUGAUGCACCAAAGUGUCAUGGACCAUCAACGCGAGCAAGAAGCUAUCAACUAAUCGAGUUGACUUUCCUGUCGACUGUCGAGCAUAGGCGUCCUCUUCGCUCACUCCAAGUGAUUUCUUCUUCCCUGCCGGCCACGGCCUCUGUUCCAGCUGUAAGUUGGGAGGUCCUCACCGCAACUCGUAUGCAAAUGAACUUCUUGCUCGGGAUGGUUAAGGGGAGAAGGUCUAAGAGACGGAGGUGCCCGGCGGCCAACCUCACCGAUGACCUCGUCGUUGAGGUCCUCUCUCGCCUCCCUGCCAGAUCGGUCUGCCGCUUCAAGUGCGUGUCCACGACAUGGCGGGACCUCAUGUCGCACCCGGUGAACCGUAUGAAGCUUCCCCAGACCCUGGCUGGCUUCUUCACGAAGCACGAUGGUGAAACUGUGCCGUGGUCAGUUCCCUGCUUCACCAACGUCUCUGGCAGAGGCGUCCCAUUGGUCUCCCCUUCGCUUGACUUCCUGCCAGUCCACAAACGCAUUUUUCUCUUGGACAGCUGCAAUGGCCUUCUUCUCUGCAGGUGUUACGGAACCCAGUUUAGUACCGGGGAAUGGGAUUUGACAGAUUACCAUCACUUUGUGUGUAAUCCCGCCACAAAGGAGUGGGUUACACUACCGGGCAGAUGGCAGUGUUCACGACUGGGUUUUAAUCCAACCGUGUCACCCCACUUCUAUGUGUUUGAGUUCUUCAGAGACUAUGGGCACUUAGCCCCCUUGGUCAUUGGUGAGGUGUAUUCGUCUGAAACAGGAGGAUGGGUUCGUAAGGAGAAUGAAGUGGACAAUGAUUUUAGCUUCCCCCAUAGGUUGCCAGCUGUCUUUUUCAACGGUUGUAUGCAUUAUCUCACCAACAAGGCUUCAAUAGCCGUGGUGGACACCGGGGGGAAUGCUCGCCGAAACAUACCUGUCCCUGUCCCUGGUGAGCAGUGGUUUGGUUUCAUUCAGCUGUCCCAAGGACGUUUGCAUUAUGCCAAUUUUGAGGCAGACCAUGAAGACGAGGUGGUUCGACUAGUGGUUUAUGUUCUUGAGGACUAUGACAGGAAACGAUGGACAUUGAAGCAUACAGCGGAAGCUCCAUAUAUACUUGGAUGGCCAAGUGGUUUAUAUGAACCUGGAUGGGUAAGUUAUAUUAAUCUUGCAGAAAAGUUUGAGUGGGUUGCAAUUCAUCCAGACUGUAACAUGAUCUUUUACACUGUUGAGUGGGAUAAAACGUUGAUGUCCUACGAUAUGGAUCGUCGGCAAGUCCAAGAGAUCUGCACUCUUGGAGAAGACACUCGUGAGAGUUACCUUCCGUAUGUGCUGUUGUUCUCAGAGUUACAAGCUUUGCACCCCUUUCCUUCUUAAUAUAUAGUACGCACACUCGUACGUAUUCGAGAAAAAAAAAAGAGUUACAAGCUUUGCACAUAUGACAACAAUACUUGAUUGGUGCCUUUAUAACAAAUGGAUCCUCAAUAGGAGUCAAUUCUUCUUGCCAUGUAGCAGUGGGCUUGGCAAGUCUGCCUUCUUUUGUUUUUUGAGCAAUGUUGGUUCAUUCUAGAGCUAACUUGGUUAUUGCUCCAAGUUGUUAUUCGAAAUUUGAAUGAACUACCUGCUUUAUGUACUUGCCUCUUCGCGGCAAUGGUUCUCGACAACAUCCACAUGUUGGGUUUCCAUAGUAUUUAAGCAAACAUUCUAGGAUCAUCAUCAUGAUUGGAAAAAGGCAUGUCUCCUGUGCAUAUCAUUGCAACUUAAAUUUGGAUGUUCUAUUUGCGGUUGUGGGAUGUAUAAGCAUCUUCUUGACAGGCCUAGUAAAAGUAUUACUUAUUUUCUAUUCCUUUGGAGUUUGGAUGAAGAUAAGUCCAUGUCUUCCUGAGGUUAACAAGCACGAGUUACGUCUCCCGCUGUUCUUUAGAACCUUCCCGAGGUAACUUCUCUCCGUCAGCCCUCUGUUUCUUUUUAUUACGUAUGUGGGCUCUCCUGUCCAAGAUGAAUUUUUUUUUGGACACCUGAGAGUGCAAAGGAGAAAAAGUUGUAAACGAGCUUUAAUUUCUAUAAAUCGAUAAAUAACUUCCUAUCAAGAAUAGUAGAUGAACAUUAUGAUGAAUUAACCUUGGCGGAAGAUACUGCAGCGCUGCCUUUGUUAGUGAUCAUUGAUCAAACCUUGUCGUGGAGAACAAUCUGAUCAAACAAGCAAUUUUACUGAAUCUUUGGAGACUAUCAUUUGAAGAACCCUUAUCCAGGAACGCUCUGUAGAUCGCAUAGUUUAAUCGUGAGUGGGAAGUAUAUAUUCAAUUGAAGCACCGCAUGAUAUACACUCUAGCUCACAUCACAAAAGUGUGAAUGGUGUAUGGAAACGAAGUUGGCAUGUUGCUUAUAGAGUCAGUCAACUAACUUGGGUAUUGGACAUGAGUAAUUGAAGGCUGCUUGCCUGUCAAUCUGAUUUUGGUUCCGGGUGUCGCUAUGGGUUGCCUCUUCAAUCUCUGCUUCAAUGAUAUGUAGGUCAAAAGUGGUUCCUGAUUUGGUCAAGCGCAAGAUAGUUUGUCGCUUGCAGAAGAAAUAGAGAGAGAAGGGCGCUCUUACUAAUGGAGAAGCAGCAUUGUGGUGUUAUAGUAUCUACCUCGAAGAAUACUCUGGGACAGUCCUGAACUAAACACAGACAGUGUUCGCGCCCACUUUGCACAUUGCUACUGGAAUAUUGCAUCCUCCGGGGGAGGGCAUCAGAGUAGUGGCACAGAGAUAGAGAGACUACUAGCAAGCUGCAACCAUCUUCAGAGAAGAGUUGAAGAUUCAAAGGACAAGACAGGAGAUGAUCAUCUUCUUCGGAAGGUCACAUAUUCUGGCCGACUUUCUUCUCCGCUCCUCUUUAAGUUGUACUGUACAAUAGUUUGUCAGCCAGUUAAAUUAGACUGUUAAGUGUCGUGAUUGUUAUGCGUAGGGAAAUCCUAUGCU